UCAGGUAGAGCGACAGCAGCAGCAGCCCGUAAUAUAUCCAUGCAGCAGGCUCGGUCCAGUGACACUUGUCGUCGCCAGACAGCAAACUAUAGCACGGGUCGGGCCCGGUUGGGUUGGAGUGGUACGUUACCUUCCUUGCUCGUGCAGUAAACAUUAUGGCGGCCGCGGAUCCCCGGUCCUCGAGUGACGGCGGGCCGGCCAGCAGAGGAGGAUUCCCGGCUGGGGAGAGCAGCAACGACCGCGACGGGCCUGGCGGCAGCGGCGGCGGCGGCGGAGGCGGCAGCAGCAGCGGGGAGGGCGAACGGGACCGAGCCACCUUCGAGUGCAACAUUUGUUUGGACACUGCCAGGGACGCUGUCAUCAGUAUGUGCGGCCACUUGUUCUGCUGGCCCUGUCUUCACCAAUGGUUGGAGACGCGGCCCAGCAGGCAGCAGUGUCCUGUGUGUAAAGCGGGCAUCAGCAGAGAGAAAGUCAUCCCACUGUACGGCAGAGGGAGCUCCAGCCAGGAGGACCCCAGGUUGAAAACUCCACCUCGGCCUCCGGGACAGAGGACGGAGCCAGAAGGUCGAGGCGGGAUGUUUCAGGGUUUCGGGGACACCGGCUUUCACAUGUCCUUUGGCAUCGGCGCCUUCCCCUUCGGCUUCUUCACCACAGUCUUCAACGCCAACGACCCCUUUCACAGAGCAGACCAGUAUGCAGGUGAUCACCAAGGCAACAGUAACCUCAACAACGGCAGUAACAACUGGCAAGACUCCCUCUUCCUGUUCGUGGCCAUCUUCUUCUUCUUCUGGCUCCUGAGCGUGUGACGGAGACCCCGACGGGAGGGACGGACGAGUGGAUCGAGGAGCGCAAAAAAAACAACAAAUAAAUUUAGAAGCCCUCUCGCACACUAAACUCAAGCCACAGACACACACUCGUUUUACAUUUCCUAGCAGGUACUAACUUGGGAGAGAGCGUAGCAUUGUGUUUGAUCCCAAAACAAGGAUAUAUAUAUAUAUAGUGUAUAUAUAUUACAUAAACUAAUAUUUGGAUAUCUCCUCCUGGCAAAGGCAGAUUCUCUUUAGGAUUCUUAGCCCCGCCCACCUGCUUCGUUGAUUUUUGUUUAUGCAAGAAACCCUGGUGAGUAGUGGUGCGUGAAUCCCCAAAUAAGUCAUGUUGGCACCUGUAGAUGUAUGCACACAGAAAACUAACUGUUGGGGUUGAGAGACAGUAUUAAGCGAUCGGGGUGACCUACGUAGAGGACUUCGUUUUUCUUUUUAAAGAGGUGGGUGGAGGAUAACUCGGGGCAGUGACUAAUUCUCUUUUGGUUUUUCACAUUCCUCUUAAAGGUUUAUUCCUUCAAUAGAGAGAGGGAAGCAGAGGGGGUGUAUGAUAACAUAGUUGUUGCUAUAUCAACUUUACCUUACCCUCAAAGGCCAAAGAGUAGCGGAUCAGUCGUGUACGAUUUUCGGCGGGGAGGUGAAAAAUGUUAUCGCAUGAUGUUCCCGUUUUACAGUUUCGUCCUGAAUUGAACAAGUAGUCCCAGAAUGUGCGACUUUGACGGAUAGAAACGGAACAGGCAGAUGCAUUUUUUUAUAUACAUGUCUUAACAAAACCUGCCAUCGCACUGUGAAGUCAUUUGUAGACGGAGCUGUCCUUAAGAUGGAUGCGCGUGCUGGUGUUCAACCACUUGCUGCGUCUUUCCUCACAAAGCUGUACGAACAUGGACGGGUGAACCGUUAAAGGGCCCGUUUGGGAGAUUUUCGCGUCGACACGAGCAACUCGAGAGUAAAAGGCAAUCUGACACACACACACACACACACACACACAGUUUGGUAAUUUCAGAGUAAACUGUCAAGAGAGAAGUUCUGGCAAAUAAAGUAGUUCGAUGAAAUGCUACACACGCGGUGUAACGAGUGAGGAGAAUCCUUUCAGUUAGUCGUGGAGGGGAAAAGGUCGGCACACGGAGAAUUUACAGAAAUGAACUUUUGUCACAGUUGAUUUGUGUUUUUUGUUGUUUUUUUUUCCCGACUGUAUGCGUCUGUGUGUCCGAGUGAGUGUGUAAACAUUAUAUAUAUUUGUAUAUAUGAAUAUUGUAAAAGCUGUUUUGACGUGUUUUCUGAGUGGACGGCUAGCCACAGAGAGGGCGAUGGAGGACGAUGAUCAAAUAGGCCUCGGGAUGCUUUUGUAAAGCGAGAAAUGAUCUUAUUCCUGGUUUUUCACUAAUUCCUUCCUUUGGACUCAAAAGGCUCGCGGCCCAAACGAAUAACGUCUGCCGACCUCUCCCGUUUAGAUAAAUGAAUGUUAUGAGCGCAAAGUUUGUCCUUCCCUGCUGAUGUGAUUUGAUAUGAGGAUGUUUGCUCUCUCCUGAGUGCCAUGGUGUGCAGUGCAGUGUCCCUUUUUUACUGCACAAACUUUUUGAAGCAGUUGAGCGACUUAAAAACUAAAGUGACACAAGUUCAUGUGGAUAUUUGACAAGUAAACCAGCAGCAAGUGCUUCUUACACUGCUUUCUAACGCAGAUUUGUUUCAGUUUCAAACUUUUCAGCCCCCAAACAACAAGGACAUUUAUCCGAUUUUUGCACACCUUUCUGGAGCAACAGAAGGCUUCAUACGACUACAGUAGUACUCAAACACCUGUAAACACAACUUUGAUGUGUAAAAUCAGAAUUCCGCUGAACUAGAGGUAUUGAAUCGGGUGUUUGGGUCACACCGGGGUGAGAGGUGACGGUCCUCUGUGGGAUGGACAGCAUGGCUGCUGGAGCUUAUCAUUUCUUGCAUACUUGUCCGUUCAAGCUACACUUUGUAUUAUAAAUCGUAUGUGACACUAAAACAAGGGAUGGAAGUCGUGAUUGGACAGACUAAAUCUGGAGCCACUGUGCAAAACCAAAUGAUGUAGGAGAUUAAAACUUCAUUAAAACGCUGA